AUGACCGAAGCCCUCGAUGAUCGUCUAACAACCGACUUCCAAUGCAGCGUUUGCUUUGACAUAAUGAAGCCGCCGAUCAAGAUGUGCAUAAACGGCCACUCGUGCUGCGAGUCCUGCCACCAACAAAUCAAAAACUGUGCCGAAUGCAGAGGCCACAAGAUCAUCACCAGAAACGUGGCCGCCGAAAGGCUGUUCAACAAAAUCGUCUUCCCCUGCAGACACGCGAGGAACGGGUGCAUGAAGAUGGCGAGGGGUUCGGAGAUAGUGACGCACGAGAGGAGGUGCGACUUCAUCAGCUACCCUUGCCCCUUCACUAGUUAUAACUGUCGGUGGACGGGGGCUUACUCCGAGAUGGAGGAGCAUCUGAGGGAUACGCACAUGAUGAUGAUAGGUACGCGGGACGUUAAUUAUUUGGAGCGGAUUCAAUGCGGGGCUCAUUAUUGGCGGAAGGUGGUGAAGUACGACGGGCAUUUGUUCAUUAUUUGCUUUGUGGUGAACGACAAGUUUUCCUUCGGUGUUUAUCUGGUCGCUGAUGUCGAAGGGCCGUACUAUUAUAAGCUGACGUUUCUGGACUACUUUACCGAGAUGAAAACGAGGUUUUGUGGUGUGUGUACAAUCCAUGGGGACUAUGUGAAUAAGGAGCUGAGUCCUGAUAAUUACCAGGAUGUGCCUAUGGAAAAACGCAUUAUGCACAGCUGUGGAGGCUUGAAGGGCCUACAAACCAAAUCUACAGAGUUGUACGUUGGUACAUUGUUGUGA